GCGAGGCUGCCGUGAUGGCGACGCCGGUUGAGAAGUUUGUCCUCCGGCAGCUGGAGUUGCUUCAGGAGGAAAGAGAGGCCGAGAUUUCGGAAGCAAGGAUAUGGCAGGAGAGCAUCUCCCUGAAAGAACUGCAGCGAAGAGGAAUAUGCUUGCUGAAACUUGAAGUAACCAGUCAAAAAACUGGGUUGUAUGGCCGUCUGCUUCUAACUUUACAACCUAGAAAACAUGGUUCCGAGUCACAGCUGCCCAGUAACAGCUUUGGGCCUGGUGACAUUGUGGGACUUUACGAAAGUGGCGGCCCAGGGGAUCAGCUCUGCACGGGAACUAUCACCCACAUAACCUCCAAAUUAAUUACUGUUGCAAUUGAUGAGCCUCAGAGCAACCUUGUAAGCUUGGACCAAGAGAAUGUCUAUCGUCUGCUGAAACUUGCCAAUGAUGUCACCUACAAAAGGCUUAAAAGGGCUUUGAAUGCACUUAGUCAGUAUCAAUCUGGUCCAGCAUCUGGUCUCAUUGACAUCCUUUUUGGUGGUGCUGAGCCUCGUGAAGUUGGCAAUACAAAGCUGUUGAAGUUCUACAAUGCAUCACUGGAUGUCUCCCAGAAGGAAGCUGUUUGCUUCUCACUGGCACAGAAAGAACUUGCCAUCAUCCACGGACCACCUGGAACUGGCAAGACCACAACGGUGGUCGAGAUAAUACUCCAAGCUGUGCAGCAAGGCUUGAAAGUUCUGUGUUGUGCUCCAUCGAACAUUGCAGUUGACAACUUGGUAGAAAGACUCGCUGGCCAUAAAAUCCGGAUUCUGCGCCUUGGCCACCCAGCUCGUCUCUUGGAGUCCAUACAGCACCAUUCGCUUGAUGCAGUCUUGGCACGUGGGGAUAAUGCCAAGAUUGUAACAGAUAUUAGGAAGGAUAUUGAUCAAGCAUUUGUAAAAACCAGAAAAACCCAAGACAAAGGGGAGAGAGGCCAUUUUCUAAAUGAGAUUAAGAUCCUGAGAAAGGAGCUGAAGGAACGAGAGGAAAUGGCUAUGACUGAAAUCCUGAAACAAGCUAAUGUUGUUCUUGCAACAAAUACAGGAGCCUCUUCUGAUGGUCCACUGAAGCUACUUCCUGAGAACCAUUUUGAUCUGGUGGUGAUUGACGAAUGCACUCAAGCUCUUGAAGCAAGCUGCUGGAUACCUCUGCUGAAGGUCAAAAAAUGUGUCCUGGCUGGAGAUCAUAAGCAGCUGCCUCCCACAAUCAUCUCACAUAAGGCUGCUACGAAGGGUUUUUCCCUCAGCUUAAUGGAGCGACUGAUUCAGAUGUAUGGCAACCGCAUUGUGAAGAUGCUCACUGUGCAGUAUCGAAUGCACCAGGCCAUUAUGCAAUGGGCUUCUGAUGAGAUGUAUGAUGGCCGCCUCUCAGCUCACCAUUCAGUUGCGCAACAUUUACUGAAGGAUCUGCCUGGAGUGGCCUACACAGAAGAAACUAGUAUUCCAUUGCUGCUCAUAGAUACUGCAGGCUGCGGCUUAUUUGAGCUUGAUGUGGAAGACGAACAGUCAAAAGGAAACCAAGGGGAGGUAUGUCUUGUUGGCUUGCAUGUACAAGCUUUGGUAGAAGCUGGUGUGAAGACAAGAGAUAUUGCUGUCAUUACCCCUUACAACCUCCAGGUAGAAAUGCUAAGGGACCUUUUGUGUCAUAAAUAUCCAGAGCUGGAGAUUAAAUCAGUGGAUGGCUUCCAGGGAAGAGAGAAAGAGGCUGUUGUCCUCUCUUUUGUGAGAUCAAAUAGAAAAGGUGAAGUGGGCUUCCUUGCAGAGGACCGAAGAAUAAAUGUUGCAGUUACUCGUGCCCGGCGCCACGUAACUGUGAUCUGUGACUCUCGGACUGCUGGCAACCACAGUUUUCUUAGACGGCUUUUGGAUUAUAUGAGAGAACAUGGAGAAGUACGCACAGCCUUUGAAUACCUGGAUGACAUUGUGCCAGAAAACUAUGCUCCCAAAAGCUCACAAGAAAAGAAACUUAAAUGCAACACUGCAUUGGCCCCAAAGGGUGAGAAGCCACGAGGGAAACCAGUUAAGCAGACUGAGGAGAGGCCAGUAGAAUGUCCUGGGCAGAAUGCAGCCAAGGUGACGGCAGCAGGAACUGAGAUAAAGGAAAAUUCAUGUAAGCACAAAGCAAGAAUAUUGGAGUUUCUGGAGAGUGAUGAGACCCAAUUAAAUUUCCCACCAUCAUUAAAUUCUCAUGAUAGGUUGAUUAUCCACCAGCUGGCAGAGGAAUAUGGACUGCAGCACGUAAGCCUGGGAGAAGGUAAAGAGAGAUACAUAAGUGUUCGUAGGAAAGGUCCUGCUAUAAACCUAUCUGUAGAAGAUGCAGGGGCCUGUAAACAGGAAACAUCUGACAGAUCUCCAAGUCCUCUGAGAGAAACGUCUGUCCUCAGUGAGGAGAAGAGAGAAAGCAACACUAGGACGAGGAAAGUGGAUCUGAAAACUUUGCACAUGGAACGGGUACAAAGAGAGAAGGACAGAAAGCAGGCAAGAGAAAAACAAAGCCUGGAGCUGCGUGCAGAUCUGCAGGAAGUCACCAGAAGAAAACAUAAAAGUGAAGCCAAAGGGAAGGCCACUCUUAAAAGCAAAGUGGAAGAUGCAGCUGAGGAAGACUUUGAUGCUAUGAUUUCUGCCGCCAUUAAAGAUGACAACACGUGCAGUUUCUUCAAAUGCAAAGCAAGCAUAGCAACCCUGGGACAGCUGUGCCCCCACUGCAAUAAACGUUACUGUCUCAGCCACCACAUUCCAGAGAUUCAUGGGUGUGGGGAGAAAGCCAAAGCACAUGCUCGGCAAAGAAUCAGCAGAGAAGGUGUCCUGUAUGCUGGGAGUGGAGUGAAGGAUAAGUCCUUGGAUCCUACCAAGAGAGCUCAUCUCCAGAGGCGUUUGGACAACAAACUAAGUGAACUCAGUAGCCAGAGAACACGCAAAAAGAAAAGCAAAGAGAAAUGAAGGAGUUUGCCUUGUAAUAGCAUGAACCCCAGUAUCAUGUUCAAGCAGCACGCUCAGGCUUCAGAGUGGAAAACAAAUGAAUCUCUAAACCAGUUGAUUGAUUCUCGUCUCCACAAACCAAGAAUAGCAGUCUUUAGCUGCACUAAUCUAGGAGGGGCAAAAAAAAAUGGGAAAAAUUAACACAAUAAUUCCCCUAUGCAGUUUUCAAAUAAUUGCAUCUCCAAUUGCAUCUCCUUUGCUUAAAUGUAUUUAUAUCACUUGUGUUGUACUUAUAUAGCAGUGCUGGUUGGACAGCUUUUGUCUGGAGCAAUUAUCUUUAUUGGCAAGGCAAUAAAUGUACACUGAGUAGGUGACUAGCAGUUUUACAGUGAAACAGGUAGUAAAUGCUUGAAGCAAUGAACUGUCCAGUUUUCUUUGGAUAGAAAUGUAGUAGCCAUGGUCUGUGGAAUUCUGUGCUUUUCCAAUAAAAGAGUGGAAGUCUUA